CAAUCUCGACUUCCUUUGUCGGCAACAUGGCCAAGUUAAGUUCAAAAGAGAUGCGAGCAGCCGUGAAAGAGAUGCUGAAGGGAGCGGACUUGAGUACUUUGUCCGCGAAAAAGAUUCGAUUAAAACUGCAGGAAAAGUUCGAUACAGAUUUGUCCGAAAGGAAGAAGGAAGUUGAUGCUAUAGUAAUGGAGCUACUUGAUGAAGAAGAAGCUGAGGAAGAUGGCAAAAAUAAUGGCAAAGAAGAGGAAAAAGAACAAGAGCCUGAAGAGGAGAAAAUUGGAGAGGAAGAGGAGGAGGAAGAAGAGGAAGAAGAACCACCAAAAAAGAGGCCUAAAUCUCAAAGACAGAUUGAAAAUGAAAGUUUGGGGGAAGUAACAGAUGGUAUGGAUGAUGAAGAGAUAGCUCGCCAACUCCAGGAGGAGGAGACUGGGCCUCGUCGUAGUAGUCGCACGCCUAAACGACCACCUAAACCAAGCAAAAGAAGCAAAGAAUCUAGAGGCGAUGGUGAAAGGAAAGGGAAGGGCUAUGGGAAACCUUGUUUACUGUCUCCAGCCCUGGCUGACAUUAUGGGGACUGAUCAGAUGCCCAGGUGUGAUGUUGUGAAGAAAAUUUAUGAAAUUGCCAAGGAAAGCAGCCUUCUGGACCCAAAGAACAAACAGUAUAUGAUCUGCAAUGAUGACUUAUUUCGUGUUUUCGGCAAGAGGCGGGUACGUAUGUUUGGGAUGAUGAAACAUCUCACUGAUCACAUCACAGAUCCACACAAGAUUGAUAAAAGCUGAUGAACCUUGACACUGUGUGCUAGAUGAUAUGGAAGAAGGUAAAAGCUGUCAGGAAAGAGAAUGAAAGGUGUGGAAACUGGACAGGGAAAGGUUCUACACAUAAUAAAAAUACGAAGGAAACUGUUACCCAACUCUCACAACUUGCCCAUAAAGCUGCACUCUUAUUUUUAUAGACAAUUUGCUUCUUGUUUUCAUAUUCUAUAUAUGUGAUGAUGGUAUGUGUUUGUGGAAUAAAUAUCAAGUCAUAAUAUUGUGUCCUAGUUGAAGUGUAGAUGUAUAGUAAUCAUUUCAUUUCUAGAUCAAAUUUGUAUUUUUGAACAAUUCUUCUGUUUUUUUGUACAUGUGUUACAUUAUUUUAGUUGAAAUGACAUACAGUGAUGUGCAGUUUUACCUGAUGUCAUGUAGCAUACAUCCUUAAGUUUUUAAUUGAAGUUUUUUUUAAUGGAAGUUGAUCGCUAGGGGAACAGAGAGGAUCCAAGUCUCAUGCUUUAUUCAAUAUUCGUAUAAUUAUGAUAAACAUAAAUUUUACAGUUAUAUUAUCAACUACAAUGAAAAUGUAUAUGACAAGGAUAUUAUGAUUUGUGAGCUUGACCUCCCUUUGGCUAAAACUUCCCAACAAAUUCAGUUAUUACAGGAGACAGAAGUCUUUUUGACUUGUGAACACCUGUAUCUUAGUAGUCCUUUCCAUUGUAUUUCUAUGCUAGAACAAACAAUAUACAUACAUAUAACCUUCUGUUAUGUUACAUCAAUCAGUGUGAUUUAUUCAUGAUCGUUCUCUUGGUUUUAUAAUGAGCGGAUUAUCAAAAACAACAGGACAGACAAUUUCUAUUUUUAUAUCAACCUUUAAUCUGAUGUGCAUUGUCUGUGUAUGUUACGUUUUAAUACCGUAUAGCUGGGUGGAAAAUUUCCAGAUUUUCAUUUAAAAGGAAAAUAUAAAAUCAUAAUGAAUUGAAAUUUUGCAAUCUGGCUAAAAGAAGUAUUUAAUUUUUCAUGAUAUUGCUCUUGAUGCUUAUCUGUAAAAUACAUAAUCCUUGGUCAAAAACUCACUGUCUCUGGUGUCCUAUUACUUUGCAAAUCAAAUUUUUGCGACCGUAUCUAUGGCCUUUGAAAUAGCAAAAAUAUCAUCCCCACAAAAAAACCGGCGAUACAGUAAGUGAUGAUUUAGCUAGAUUCAGCAUUAUUUUGUUAAGAGGCAAUUAUAUUCUUCAAAGUAUGAAUGUUUUCAUAAUCUGAUUUUAAGAUAUAGUUUCCUGUGCUUAAAACUAAUGCAAGGUUUCAGAGAAGUUUGUGAGAAUUUCACAAAACAUUUUUAAUAUGUGUAAAUUUACCUUAUGAAAAUACUGGCAUUGAUAAGUUUUUGUUGCAUAUGAUUAACAGUGUGGUGCUACAUUUUACAUUUUUUGAUUUUACUGGAAAGGAAAUCAGAUCCUAACAAAGACAGAUACAUAAAGAGAUACAUUAUCUAUAAAACUAUGAUAUAUAUUGCCGAAUACAUGUAUAACAAACGACAAGAACAGCUUUAUUUGUAAAGCUAUCGUUUUCAUUAACAUAACUGCAGGUACAGUUAUUUGUUUUAUUCAAGUAAUUUUGUCAACCAAAACUGUCUUACUGAGAUUUUUCUAUGAAGUGAACGAGCUUGCCAUUUGUAAAUUCCUUCAUAUGUUGUAUGUCACAGUUUAAUAUGCACAAUCUUUCUGGAUUGAGCUCCUUGGACAGGUUUCUUGUCUGUUGUAUGUUUCUGUAAUGCAAGCAUUUCAAACAAAUAGCAUUAUUAAUUAAUGUCUGAACUCUAUUUCAUUGCCAUUUCUUCUGUAUAAUCAUACAUAACUUGUGAUCAGUGGAUCAUUAAUGCACCAAGUGUUACAAGUCUUAGCAUUUUUUAAAAGAAAAACUUUGUUUUCAAUCGCUCAGACUCUUCAUUCAUUGUUCAUACAGUCUAACUAUAUAGAAUAUAUCUAUAGAUCUAAGUCAAACUUAAAAUUAACUUACCUGUAUUGAGUUAGUUCCAGGGCUUUUCUAAUUGUGUGUAGAUUUCACCAAGUGUGCUGUUGUUAUAAUACGUAAAUAUUUAAGCUAAGUAUGUAGAAAGGCUGACAGCACUUUCCUCAGUUUGAUUGGUUGAUGCAGGCUCUGGUCAAUUCUAGUGUUCUGCAUUUCUUUUAUUCUGAUUGGUUAAGACUGUCUGGACCUGGUAAAUUGUUACUAGGGUAACGGUAUAAUUAUUAAUAUGACUUGUAUCAAAUUGAAAUAAAGCAUUUACUUACUGAUGACUUGUGACGGCUUGAAUGUGUAAGUACACAUACACGAGUGAAUUGCAAAGGUGAUGCUUAAGUUUUAAGACAUAUAGCUACAAUAAAUUCUGUCUGCAUUGUUGACGUUUUUGGUUCAAUAUACAUGUGUUUGGACAUUUUAUUGUAUAAUUUGUUAAUGUGAUAACCAUGGUUUUUGCAAGUUUGAAAUCUGGCGAUAUCGAGGUUGCUUUAUCACACAUGACUUUAUCAGGAGUAUAUAUUAAUAUGAUACAUCAUAAUUAUAUUGUACAUUGCUUAAUUAACUACAUGUACCACACCAAGUGACAUCAAUAAAACUUUGAUUAGCAAAUGAUUUUUGUGUCGCCUGCAACAGAUGUAGCUGACAAAGCUAGACCAACAAAACCACAGUCAUGGAUCUAGAUGUAGCUAUGGGGCAACUCAGUCAUAGAUCUAGAUGUAGCUAGGGGCAACUCAGUCAUAGAUCUAGAUGUAGCUAGGGGCAACUCAGUCAUAGAUCUAGAUGUAGCUAGGGGCAACUCAGUCAUGGAUCUAGAUGUAGCUAGGGGCAACUCAGUCAUGGAUCUAGAUGUAGCUAGGGGCAACUCCGUCAUGGAUCUAGAUGUAACUAUGGGGCAACUCAGUCAUGGAUCUAGAUGUAGCUAGGGGCAACUCAGUCAUGGAUCUAGAUGUAGCUAGGGGCAACUCGGUCAUAGAUCUAGAUGUAGCUAGGGGCAACUCCGUCAUGGAUCUAGAUGUAGCUAUGGGGCAACUCAGUCAUGGAUCUAGAUGUAGCUAGGGGCAACUCCGUCAUGGAUCUAGAUGUAACUAUGGGGCAACUCAGUCAUGGAUCUAGAUGUAGCUAGGGGCAACUCAGUCAUGGAUCUAGAUGUAGCUAGGGGCAACUCAGUCAUGGAUCUAGAUGUAGCUAGGGGCAACUCCGUCAUGGAUCUAGAUGUAGUUAUGGGGCAACUCAGUCAUGGAUCUAGAUGUAGCUAGGGGCAACUCAGUCAUGGAUCUAUAUGUAGCUAGGGGCAACUCAGUCAUAGAUCUAGAUGUAGCUAGGGGCAACUCAGUCAUGGAUCUAGAUAUAGCUAGGGGCAACUCAGUCAUAGAUCUAGAUGUAGCUAGGGGCUACUCGGUCAUAGAUCUAGAUGUAGCCUGGGUAGUAGCCCCUACUAAGCAUUUCAUAGAUGUACGCAGUUUAGGGGAUAGAGGCAUCAAAUUUCUGGAAUAAGAUCAAAAUCAAUGUUUAGGUAAUGUAUUUAAGCCUGUUUCUGAUUUUGACAAUGUGGGACAGAUGGAACAUAUAAUUACGUUUAUUUGUGUCUUAAAUAUUUAGUGUAAACAGAUUCUAUUGGCUUUGACAAAAAUUACACGAAAUGAGAAAAUUAGAAAUAUUCAGUAUGUGUGUAACAUCUCACAAAUUUUAUCAUCCUUUUCGGUUUGCAUUUCUUAAAUGCUUUUGUGAUGUUUUGAAUUUUCUGCAUCUUUUUUUUUACUGGACUUCUGAUAACAAAUUAUGUUGAAUUGAAAAGUUUAGAUAUUUUCUAAUUAGAUGAUGAAAUAUAUCACCUUUUACAUGUAAGUACGAGAACAUUUUCUAAGAAUCUCUGCUAUAGUGUACAUGUAAACAACUGCCGGUAUGGGGAAAACUGUAAGUUGUUCCUAAUUUUCGAAAGAUUGGCAGACAAUAUAUGUCACUAUUCUUAGUAAUGGCUUUAGUUUCAUACUCCAUGUAACUUGUGUUAUAAUAUUUGUAUUUUAAUAACUUCUUUAUAUGCCUUUUAAGCUAUAUUGCCGAACUCCUUCUUCAAAGGUACAUGUAUUAUACUGCUAUAAAUUCUGCUAGGCAAAUGAUAGCAGUAUAAUAUGAGGUUAUGUACAUAUACAAUGUAUAUGCAUUACACAAUAGUCAGAGGUUGAAAUCAAGGUUUUGUGAGAGUUUUUGUCAAGUAGAGAGAUUAGCUGGAACAUUAUGAAAAAUAGUUCUCUUACCUGGUGUUUCCAGGGAAAUUCUCAGUCAUCAAAAUAGAUGUACAUUAGGUUACACACAGACUAAAGACUUGUUUGUUAUUCUGAAAUACUUUUAUUGCUUGUUGCGAAUUGUUACAAAUUGUCAAUAUUAAUGCAACAAAUUUGAGACACAUACAAUUUUUCUAGUGUACAAUCAUUUGAUGUGGAAUUAUUUUGUUGAAAAAAAUCAAGUUUUUGUGCAGUUAAAUUUUCACGUUAAAUGUGUGAAAAAAAAGAAGUGGAAGAAAAGAAUCCAGGAGCUAUUUCUAGUAUAGAUGAUAUUUGUCAGGGAUGACAUAUCCAUUAUAUCACAACAAUAUUUAAAAGUCAACAAAAAGGUUUAAACUAUAAGAAUCAUUUUCUUCAAAAACUUGUACAAAAUUGUGCAAUGUUUAUAUAGACUGUUCAGGGUGUUGUACGUAACAAAUCUGUGUACUUUCGUGUUGCAGGCUAAAAUCUUACAAUAGUACUGUAUAUGUAUAUCAUAUCUUUUUGUGCCAUUGUGUUGUGUAGUGAUGCAUAUUUUGACAUUCAUCAUUAUUUUAACAUUCUACUUUUAAACUAUAGUUGAGCAAUGGCCUUGACUUAUAGGCUUUAUUUACUUUAAAACUGUUUUAGGUAACCCAUAAUCACGGAAAAUAAAUAUGUUUCAUUCUGAAAAUAGAAACUAAUGCCAGGAAACUUGAUAUAGACAAUUUGUCUAGAAUCUAAUAGGAAUGAUGACUGAAAUUUCUAGUUUUCAAUGUUAUUACUUUCUUUUUUCGUAUAACUUUGAAUAAGUAUUUUGAUACAUUAAUAAGGAAUAUGUUUUAGAAGACUGCAUUGUUUGUGGACUUGUACUUGUGUUACCAUCAGCCAUAGCCAAUAAACAUGUUCGUUCCUAUUGAA